GGAGUGAUUUUUUUUUUUUUUUUAAUCACCCUACCCAAAUCCCAAAAAAUAAAAUCAUUAGGUGAACUACACAAUUCUAGAUUACUUCAUUUUUCAGAUUCACCAUUAAUUCCAUCAAAUCACUACAGAUGUUAGAUCAAAAUAAGGUACUUUGACAGUUUGAAGACAAACAGUCUUCAUAAAAUGAUAAAAACAUGUAAAUACUUGUUCAUCAAUAGAUAGAUAAGAGCUCUAAUUUGUUAAGAAUCUGAUAAUAGAGACCUUUUUUAUUUUUUUGACAGAAGAAAGGUUGUGUGGUUAUGAUAUUGGAAGUCUAAAGAAACACACAUAAACACACACCACUCAUUUCAAGCAAACACAACAAACAUCCAAAUUCAUACUCACCAUUAUCCACCAAACAUGACUUUAAUUCCAAUUUGCUUUGAUGCCCACUUUCUCUCUCAUCUCACAAUCACCUUCAGAUUCCUUGGCUAAGAGCUCAACUGAAUAGUUUUGUUCUAGAUUCUCAUUUCUUCUCAUUCACUUCUACCAACCAUUUUCAUUCCUCUCGCGCUAUCUCUCUCUUCGGGUUGAUCAGCCAUGACUUCCUCCUGCCUCUUAUCUGCAACCCGAAACACGGCUGCUGCUACUGCUUCCUACCUUCCUAAGCAUCACUAUAAUUACUUAAACAAAGACAAUAGAGAUUGCCUUCUUUUUAAGCUUCAACUACCACCACUCAAAUCAGGUUCUCAUUCAAUAUUGAGGUUAAGGACUUCAAGAUUUAACUACCCUCUUGCUUCUCUGUCUUCCUUUGCUGAUGCAGGGGGCCAAGAACAUGAAGAAGUUAUUGCCAAUCAUCAACAGAUUAAGGCUGAUGAUGAAGAGGCGGCGAAAAUGGAUGAGUUAUCUGGAAUGGCUAAGGCUUUUCACAUAUCAUCCAGAACAGCUGUUGCUAUAUCAGUAUGCAUAGCAUGUGCUGCUCUGAUUUUCCCCUUGUUUAUGCAGUCCCUUGGUCAAGGGAUGCCGCUUAAGACUAAGGUGCUUUCAUAUAUGACCUUGCUUUGUGGGUUCUACAUGGCCUGGAACAUUGGCGCGAAUGAUGUUGCCAAUGCAAUGGGGACAUCUGUUGGCUCGGGUGCUCUGACGAUACGACAGGCUGUUGUGACGGCUGCUGUUUUGGAGUUUUCUGGGGCGCUCUUGAUGGGUACACAUGUUACAAGUACAAUGCAGAAGGGGAUUCUUGUUGCUAAUGUGUUUCAGGGGAAGGACACUUUGCUGUUUGCAGGACUUCUUUCUUCCCUUGCAGCUGCUGGGACUUGGUUACAGGUGGCCUCCUAUUAUGGCUGGCCAGUUUCAACUACUCAUUGCAUAGUAGGAUCCAUGGUUGGGUUUGGCCUUGUCUAUGGAGGAGCUAAUGCAGUCUUCUGGAGCUCACUGGCAAAGGUUGCUUCUUCAUGGAUUUUUUCACCCGUACUAGGUGCAGCCAUGUCAUUUCUCGUGUACAAAUGUAUCCGCAGGUUUGUUUACAGUGCUGAGAAUCCAGGACAGGCUGCUGCUGCAUCUGCACCAAUAGCAGUAUUCAUGGGUGUAACUGCAAUAUCAUUUGCUGCCUUCCCUCUUAGCAAGACCCUUCCACUGGCUAUAGUCCAGGCAUUGGCUUGUGGAGCAGUUGGAGCAGUUAUCGUUUAUCGAGUGAUCAACAUACAGUUAGGCCACCUACUUGCCAAAUCCAACUCAUCAAUGACAACCCAACACAAAGAUGACCACCAUCCUGAUCAUCAAGAGCAGAAGAACAUUGGGCUGCUUUCUGAUAUUGCCGGCCCUAAAGGAACCCAACUGGAGAUAGUGUAUGGUGUGUUUGGAUAUAUGCAGGUCCUCUCAGCGUGCUUCAUGUCAUUUGCUCAUGGUGGAAAUGAUGUCUCUAAUGCUAUUGGUCCUUUAGCAGCAGCAUUAUCUCUACUGCAAGGAGGGGCUAGUGCAGGAGCUGCGAUUCAUAUCCCAACAGAUGUUCUUGCAUGGGGAGGGUUUGGGAUUGUAGCAGGUCUUACGAUGUGGGGAUACAGAGUGAUAUCAACCAUUGGAAAGAAGAUCACUGAACUCACACCAACAAGAGGGUUUGCCGCAGAGUUUGCAGCUGCAUCGGUAGUUCUCUUUGCAUCAAAGCUAGGGUUACCUAUCUCAGCAACUCAUACAUUAGUGGGUGCUGUAAUGGGAGUAGGGUUUGCCCGAGGGCUAAAUAGUGUCAGAGCAGAGACAGUAAAGGAGAUAGUCACUUCUUGGGCAGUGACAAUUCCUGUUGGUGGAAUGCUAGCAGUUUUAUACACAGCAAUCUUGACCAAGGGUUUAUCGUUUGUGUUAUGAACAUGAUUCAACUAUAACUUAGAACAUUGGUACAUCAAAUUAAAAUCGAAAGAGUUUUGAUUUUGUAUGUGAGAACAGAAUGUUUCUCCGACUGGUUAUUUCUUAUCGGAGAUCGGAAGUACAUUACUUCAGCAUUUCUUUUAUUUAUGACCACAAUCUCUUAUAUAUAUGUUUAUCAUAUAUGAGAUGUAAAUUACAGUAGUUCUAAAUCUUUACCCCUGUAAUUCUAUAGAAUGAGAAUGGUAUAAGUUUGUUGAGAAGACAAAAGUACACAUUCAUCUAGACUAA